AUGCCCUCCUCGACCACGACCACGACCCCGCCCCCUAAUGUCGUCCAAAACUCGCACGCCGAGACACUGCCCGAGCCCAGUCACCCCAAGUAUGAGCUUCGCGCCUAUGGCCUGAGCCUUGCUGUUACGUCCGAUCAUUUGGUCAACUUCUUUGCUGUGCAUGCCAGAGUGCUCGGCGUUCUGCUCCAUCCAUCUACUAACGACCGCCUUUGGGCGCAGAUCUGGGUCUCUUCCGAGCUCGACGUCCAGAAAUGCUUGGAGCUUAAAGGCACUCUGGCGCCUAGCGGCAUCACUCUCGUCCAAGCCCAAGCGCCCCAACAAACAUCUUUGAAGGCUCCACAGUCUUCUUCGCCGAGCCCCGAGUACACCCCCAACGGCUCGUUUGAACUCAAGACCCCGCCCACCCCCCCUCAGCGCGAGCCAGAAUCCUACAGCAGCAUCAUGUCUUCUUUCUUCUCGGCAUUCCCAGCCGUACCAUCCAGCCCACCGGCCUUUGCCCCGCAAAACAAUCAGCACCAUCCACCCGCCUCUGCUCCCUUUACUUUGACCACGAGCUUGGAGCCUUUUGCUGGUAGCCUUGCCAACCCGGCCUCGACCGCCAUGGGGGCCCGCGACCCGAGAGACAAUGUCGGCCUUGGCUUUCGACAUGUUGAUCCUCAAGGGCCUCUGCCGAGAAACUUGUAUGUGAUGGGGUUGCCGCUCGACAUGACUCAAGUCCAGUUCAAGGCGAUGUUUACCCCCUUCGGCAUGGUUGAGCACUCUACUUUGCUUUCGCAGCUGGACGGGAUGGGCAGGCGCCGCGGCUUUGUCCUCAUGUCUACGCACCAAGAGGCGGUUAAGGCCACUCGAGCUAUGAAUGGCAGCUGGCACAGCGGUUUCAAGAUGGACGUUUCUUGGGCUCUUGUCCAGCGAGAGGCCAAGCACUUUGGACCAGGACACAUGAUGCCGAACCGCGUCGUCCACCCCCCGACCGCCCCUGCUCGAUACGAGCCUCCUGAAGAGUGCACUGUCAUUGUGGAAAAUCUGGACCCUGGCUACUUUCCCGACUCUGUCACCAUCCGAGACAUCUUUUCUCAUUUCGGACCAGUCACUCGCGUCAGCAUCCUCUCGCCUCUCCCGCUUCAAGUUCUUGUCCAAUUCGACCACUCUGUCUCUGCUACCGCCCUCAUUGCCGCCAACGGUUUCAAUCUUGGCGGUCGCUCUCUCAUCGCUCGGCGUUACGCACCUCGCUUGGUUCCAGUCUCCACGUCCAACCCUACUUCACCUACUACAAGGCUGCCAUUCGACCCCUUCGGCCAAGGAUUCGCCCAGCACGUCUCACGAAUCAACAACCGUGCCCAGCCGGAAUUCGUCGGUAGUGGUCCCUUCCAUCCUGGUCACGGUAACCCGCCUCUUCCUGCUCCACUUACUGCAAGAAGUCAACCUCCUUCCCGACAUGCCUCUGAUGCCCAUCUUUUGACCUCAUUUGGUGCCGCCAAUCCCGAGCCUAUCGCCCCCAUGACCGAGUCUAGCAUGCAGAUGCGCAACAUGCUCGAACCCCAGAACGCCUCUGUCAAGUCACGCACCCAAGCGUCGUCUCCCUGGACUCCACUUUCGAAUCCUCAACUCAUUAAUGUCAAUGCUCCCAUCAAACAGAUAUUCCAACCCAGCAAGAUUCCGAUCUCGUCUCAAGUCAUAAAACAAGAUGUCUCUCCGAUUUCAAGCAAGAAGCCUUCAAAGUCGUCUAUGGGAGAGGUCCAAGAUGAGAACAAGCCUCCUGUGAAUGAGAUCAAGAGUGACGUUUGGCGAGAUGAGGAAAACGGUUUGCGAGGCGUGCUCAAGGCCCAGGAUAGGUGGCAGGUGUCUCCCAACUGGUGUAAGUGCUUCUGGAGCUGGAGCUGUUCUUUACUGUUGGCUGACUAA